GCUCCUCUAUCACAGCCGACAUGAAGACGCUGCGUGUGGUCGUCCUCGCAUCGCUGCUGCUGAUUCUCCAGCUCCGCUCACAGGUGGCCCGGGGGCAGGUGUCCACGGCGUCCACGAUCAAGUCCUCCACGGUCAGCCCGUCCACGGCGUCCACGAUCAAGUCCUCCACGGUCAGCCCGUCCACGGCGUCCACGAUCAAGUCCUCCACGGUCAGCCCGUCCACGGCGUCCACGAUCAAGUCCUCCACGGUCAGCCCGUCCACGGCGUCCACGGUCAAGUCCUUCAAGGUCAGCGCAUCCACGUUGUCCACUACGACCGCUGCGUCCACGGUGAAGGCGUCCACUGUCAAGGCGUCCACGGUGAAGACUGCGACCUCUCCAAGAACCAGACCUCCGACAGGGACCGGCUCCCGGGGACCCGCCGCCUGCACUCCGCUGCUGGCUCUGUUGGCUCUCCUCCACAGCUGGUCCGGAUGAUUGGAUCCGGAUCGGCCUGGACUCCGUGGAAACUUUAGGUCUUCCUGAAGGAGGUUUAAUAAAGCUGGGUUUCCUCCUGAACUCUGAGAACAGGAGUGACUCGUGGACGUGAUCCUGUUUCUGGUGUCACUGAUUUUGAAGUUUGUAUAAAUGCUGUAAAACAUU